AUGAGCAGCCUGGCCGAGCUCCGUGAGGGCUACGAGCGCUUCGACCCCCGCGCGUACCUGCGCAACAACUACCUCCCCCCCCGCGCCGACUUCUCCUCCGAGGAGUUCGUGGUGCCCUGGAAGCUGCGAUGCCUCGCCGACACCUUCGCCAGCGGUGAGAUCCGGGGCCAGACCCUGAUCGAUGUGGGCUCGGGCCCCACCAUCUACCAACUGCUGAGCGCCUGCGACCACUUCGAGGAGAUCGUGGCCACCGACUACCUGGCAGUGAACAGGGAGGAGCUGGGCCGGUGGGUGCGGGGGGACCCCGGAGCCUUCGACUGGAGCCCCUUCAUCCAGCACGUCUGCAAGAUCGAGGGCCGCGGGGAGCCGUGGCAGGACAAGCAGCGCCGGCUGCGGGAUCGCCUCCGCCGGAUCCUGCCCAUCGACGUGCACCGCCCGGACCCGCUGGGGGCCCCCCUGGACCCUCCGGCCGACGCUCUGCUCUCGGCCUUCUGCCUGGAGGCCGUGAGCCCCGACCGCGCCGCCUUCGCCCGGGCGCUGCUGCACGUGGGGUCCCUGCUGCGCCCGGGGGGCCACGCGCUGCUCCUGGGGGCCCUGGGCGAGUCCUUCUACCUGGCGGGGCCGGCUCGGCUGCCCGUGGUGCCGCUGGCCUUGGCCGACGUGCGGGCGGCGCUGGCGGGAGCGGGGCUGGAGCUGCGGGAGCUGCGCAGCUACGAGAUGCCCCCGGCCCUGCGCACCGGCGUGGAUGAUGUGCACGGGGUGUUCUUCGCCCACGCCCAGAAACCCCCCCAGGGGCACUGAGGGGGGCAGGGGGGGAAACUCGACCCUGGGAACCCCCAGCGGUUGCGUUUGGGGGCGUGGGGAACAACCCCCAGCCCUGGAAUAAAGG